AUGGAUGUUUUGGGCACCGUCUCCAGCCUGUGCGGCUGGGUCUACACCCUCGCCUGGUCGCUUUCCUUCUACCCGCAGCCGACGCUGAAUGCGCGCCGUCGGUCGACGAGCGGAACGACGAUUGACUUUCCGUUUAUCAACACUCUAGGCUUCCUCGCCUACCUGCUUUCCAACCUGGCGCUGCGCUACUCGGCCACCGUCCGGGGCGAAUAUGCGGCGCGCCACCACGGGCUCGCGCCCACGGGCGCCUUCAACGACGUGGCCUUUGCAUCGCACGCCUUUGUGCUCUCGCUCGUGACGGUGUCGCAGUACUUCUUGCCGACCUGGUGGCGGAUUGCGGCCGGCCCAGGCUCGGGUGUCAGCCGGCGGCCGUCGCGCUUCAUCCUGUUCGUGGCGGCCGGCUCGGUCACCGUGAUCGGUGGGCUCGUCGCGGUGGUGCUGUACGAGCACAGCGGCUCGGCCGUCGGCUCGCCGGCCGGCGCGUGGGCCUGGCUCGACGUCGUGUACGCGCUCGGCUACGUCAAGCUCGUCAUCACGCUGAUCAAGUACUCGCCACAGCUGCUGGCCAACUGGCGCAACCGCAGCACGCACGGCUGGAGCAUCGUGCAGAUCAUCCUCGACUCCGUCGGUGGCGUGCUCAGUAUCGUCCAGCUGCUGCUCGACAGCUACAGCCAGGGCGAUUGGUCCGGCCUGACCGGCAACCCCGUCAAGCUGCUGCUCGGCAACGUCUCCAUCUUCUACGACAUCCUCUUUAUUGUCCAGCACUUUGUCCUGUACAAGAGCAGCGGCAGCGAUGGAGAUGACGGCGACGGUGCCGACGGCCUCGACAGCGGCCGCGCGGCCGUCACCGGCAGCACCAGCGAGCGGGAUCCCCUGCUGUAG